AUCUGCUGUACUGAAUAACCAACUGAACAAAGCGCUCGACAAUAAUCGAAAUAUUGUGAAAAACUUAAAUGCUAAAUUAAAUAUGUUGAUUAGGCUCAAUACGACAGACGAUUCCAUCAGGCAACUAAACGAAGAGAAUUUACUACUAAGACAGAGAAAUCGUGAGCUUGAAGAGAUGGCAAAUGAAAAGGAAACCCAAAUGCAGGACUUUCCCAGCAGCUGUUUGGGUUUUGAGGAUGAACAAGGUAUAAGGCAAAUCAAGGUGCCUGGCGAACCCACAGAAUUUAAAGUGUUGUGCGAUUCAAAAAUUGCGGGACCCGGUUGGACAGUCGUUUUGCGCAAUCUGGGUGAUGAGAAUUUCAACCGUAACUGGACGGAAUAUGAGAAUGGAUUUGGUUACUUGGACUCCACCUUUUUUAGAGGACUAGCAGUUCUGCAUGUAUUGACUCAAUCGCAGCCCCAUGAAUUGUACAUGGUGGUUUAUUCCAAAGACGGUUCCGAGUUUUCAAAUCAUUUUGAUAAUAUUCUCGUCGGCGGCGAGUCUGAAGGGUAUAGGCUCAAAUCGAUUGGCAACCCCAAGACCGAGAACUUUAUCUUUAUUAAAAAUCAAGUUAACGCUAAGUUUUCGACUUACGAUCGGAACAAUGCCAAAACUGAAAUUAAUUAUGCUGCACAGAAACAAAGCGGAUGGUGGUACUCGACAGGCAGUCAAUUAAGACUAACAGGUUGGGAUCCGAAUGCUAAACAAAUUCUGAUGCUAAUUCGGCCAAAAAUGUAAUAUUUUCUGGAACUGACAUUGUAUGUUAAAUUAAAC